AAAUUACGACCUUGAAUUUGUUCCGCUUUAUCGUUGAAUAUAUCAAGACCGGCAGCCCGGCAGAUUAAUAUUCCUUGCUGUUCUGUUCAUUCAACUUCGACUGUGUCUCACGUCGUCAAUUAGUAAUUCUAAAUUUUUCAUUAUGUCGACUGCAGGAAAGGUGAUUAAAUGCAAAGCUGCAGUAGCAUGGAAAGAAAAGCAACCUCUUUCACUUGAAGAGGUUGAAGUGGCACCACCAAAAGCACAUGAAGUAAGAAUUAAGGUUGUGGCUGUAGCCUUAUGUCAUACCGAUGCUUAUACUUUGGAUGGAUUAGAUCCAGAAGGAAUUUUUCCAUGUAUUCUUGGCCAUGAGGGCAGUGGUAUCGUUGAAAGUGUCGGGGAAGGGGUUACAGAAUUUCAACCUGGUGACCAUGUAAUUCCAUUGUAUAUUCCUCAAUGUGGAGAGUGUAAGUUCUGUAAAUCUCCAAAAACAAAUUUGUGUGGCAAGAUCCGUGCUACACAAGGGAAAGGUGUGAUGCCUGAUGGUACUUCUAGAUUUACUUGCAAAGGACAGACACUUGCCCAUUUCAUGGGUUGUUCAACUUUCUCAGAGUACACUGUGGUGGCAGAUAUUUCUCUAGCCAAAAUUGAUCCCAUUGCACCAUUUGAUAAAGCAUGUUUGCUGGGAUGUGGAGUACCUACUGGAUAUGGUGCUGCUCUUAACACUGCCAAAGUAGAACCUGGAAGUACAUGUGCUAUUUGGGGACUGGGUGCAGUUGGAUUGGCAGUUGCAUUUGGUUGCAAAAAAGCUGGUGCUAAGCGUAUUAUUGGAGUGGAUAUUAACCCCAGUAAAUUUGAGUAUGCUAAAAAAUUUGGAGUUACCGAAUUUGUUAAUCCAAAGGAUUAUAACAAACCAAUUCAGGAUGUCCUGAUAGAAUUAACCGAUGGUGGAUUAGAUUUCACCUUUGAAUGUGUUGGUAAUGUAAAUACCAUGAGAGCUGCAUUAGAAUCUUGUCAUAAAGGAUGGGGCACAUCAGUUAUAGUGGGUGUCGCUGCAGCGGGUCAAGAAAUUAGUACUCGUCCGUUCCAGUUGGUAACAGGACGAGUAUGGAAAGGAACCGCAUUUGGCGGUUGGAAAUCAAAGGAAAGUGUACCUAAACUGGUGAAAGAAUAUUUGUCGAAAUCGUUAAUACUUGAUGAGUUCAUCACACAUACUUUUCCAUUUGAAAAGAUCAAUGAAGGAUUCGAUUUAUUGCAUUCAGGCAACUGUUUAAGAGCUGUGCUCAAAUACUAAUAAAGGAUGUACAUGGAUGUUCUUUCCCAGUUUUUAUACCAUUUGAAAUGUAAACUUUGAUUGAAGAAUCUGUCAUUUAUAAUAUAUAUAUUUUGAAUAAAGAUGUGAAAGAUAAUUUUGAAUAUA